UACAACACUACAAAUCUAUUACAUUUAUUGAGCUUAGGAAUGAAACGAUGAGAAGAUCUAAAUAAUCUUAAAAGAUCAAGAUGUCUGAUAAAGAGCUGUACAGUCUACUGUGCAAUUAUAAAAGUGGCGCACACCCUGGAAAAUUGAGCAGAUAUCUGAAAAAAAAGAAUCUUGUCCAAACAGAUCGUUGCAUGAAACAGAUAUUUAAGCUUAUCAUUCAGACAAGCAAACUGUCAGAUGGAGUCGCAGUAACACAACUCAUGUCAUUAUUGGCUACAAUCCUCGCUCAUGAUAAUUAUGGAGUUACAGAUGAAAAAACGUUCAGCUCAUUAAAAAAUCUUCACAUUCAUUUGUCAGCUAUCAAAAAGAACCAUCACAUCAACAGUAUAUACCAUACUUAUCUUGAGCUGAUCAUCGAGAUUCUGAGUGCAAGCAUAAAACGUGAGAUUCCAGUGUCAACCCUAUUUGCUCCAGUUCUCUUUGAUAUUGCUGUUAACUUGAAUGGGAUAUUUCCAUACGAUAUUCAGAUGGAGGCUGCAAAGACCCUGAACGUUAUACUUGAAGAACCAGGCGGUGAAUCAGUGCACAAGUCUCUUACAGAACUUUCAGAGGUCAAGGCUAAGUGGUUAAAUCUGGGUGACACUGUAAAAGCUAGCGGAGAUUAUGAACUUCAAGUUCUCUUGAUGGAGCUUCUUUUUAGACUUAAAAGCCAUUCGUUGAGAAAACAGCAUUUAGAUGAUCUGUUUCCCGACGACCAUAUAAUGCAAGAAAACUUUUUACGUAUCAAAGAUGCCACUUUUGAAAAAGAUUGCAGGAUUUUCCUAAAUACAGUCAACGAUGGCAAGGAACAGCGAAUGGUUUACUCAUACAAGUGCCAGCGAGUUAAUGUCGGAACUGAGGAUUUGCAGAUUGCACCCAAUCAGAAUUGGCUCGAUGUAAAUUUUGGAUCCAAGACAAUUACAAUAUUCGUACUGCUACCUACCGAGCAAGGAGAUGGGCAGUUUGAAACACUGAUAAUCAACCCAACAAGUGUACUGAAACAUGAACACACGGUAGAAGACGGGAACUUUCACCUUGUCUUGAAGCUUAACAUUCCUAUCUGUACUCUACUGGACUCUAAAACGGGCGGUGAUUCUAAAACAAUCCACUUUGUCCUGGACACACAUCCCGACCCUAAAGGUGCAAUCUUGGGACUAUUGGGCCAGCACUUUCCUGAUAGUCCUAAGUUAAGUAAAAUGGCAAGAGUUGACGUAUCAGCGGAAACUAUCCAGAUUCGUGGUAACGUCACCACGAUAGUGUCUACUCCUGUGCCGGAAGAACGGGCCAUCAGAAUAAGUCAGACUCGACAGAUGCUUUCAGAAAAAAUAAACGAACCUCUACCACAGUUUGAACUUGGGCUUUCUCAACCAGAAAAGCAAAAGUUAAAAUCUUUUAUCGCGUCAGAGCCGAUCCUGACAAACCCCAAAGUUCCUACACCAUCUCCAGUUGAAAAUGAAGAUCCAGUGACGUCAUCACCGAUCAAAACAAUCCCUGACUCAUUGCCUGCCACUGUCAUACCUGACUCACUAAAGUUGGUUGAUAAUACCGGUGAUGAUAUUAAUUGGCAACUGCAGAGUUCCUUUGACUACAACAGUAAAAUCAACGAUUCAGAGUUGUCGGUCGGAGAUGACACAAUGGAAGACUUUGUCAACGAUUUUCCAGUAAAAGAAGAAAGUUCACCAAAAAAUGAGACAACAUGUGUAGAAGAUUUGAAAAAGGCAAAUAGAGUUACCAAACCAUCUCUAGAUAUGUCUAAUCUUGCGUCAGCUUCAAGCACUAAGAACUAUAAGAAAAAGAAGAAACCUCUGAAAUUUGAAGAUUGUGAGCCAGCUUCAGCAGUCAUUCUAGUUGGGACAGACAACAAGAAGGGUCCUGUGGCUGCAAAAACUGAUGAGACGAUUAAAAUACAAAAUAAUUUUGACAGACAGAUGUUGAGUAAACCUAGUGACAAAGAAGACAGCAUUGAAGUCUUGAAUGUGGUUAAAGCUAUGGAUGACCCUAUCAUUGAAAUUGAGGAUCCAAGAACUGAAAUUGAAAUUGAAUCGCCUGAGAAAGAACAGAUAAGAGUUGAGGUUUUAGAGUCAAGCUCUGAGGAUAAUUCCCCAAAUCUAAGUCAAGAACUUGAACGAAUAAAUCAGGAUAUCAGUAUGAAAGCUCCUAGCAGUCCUGGCGAUGUUUACAAAUCUAUGCUGAAAGAUGGUCUGAAAGAAUCCUGUAAAGAGGCUCUGUCUGCGAAGAAUUCCCCAGCUCAGAAGAAGUUACAGGGUGCCUUUAAGCGUCGGCUAAUGGAUACUGAUGAAAAUUAUCUGUGCUCUCAAAAUUCUCAGGAAUCACCGACUCCUUCUCAAGUAAAGAAAUUACCUGCCUUUGCUCGCAAAAGAGAACUUCCACCCAUAAAUACAUCUUCAACUUUUGUCAUUUCAAAGAACAAUUCUCUUAAUCAAAUGAGGAGACGUGAAAAUUCCGAUGAAACAUUUGCAGAAGAAAUUAUUCCGGUUCCACCUGGGAGACAGUCAAUACUGAAAAAGAAAUUCUUGAUUAAAAAUACAGGUCCUUCAACACCAAAACUAGGAAAGUUUGAUUUCGAUGAGAAGAGUCCGGCAAAAUCUGAUGCGUCCUGGGUGAAAACUGAGAAGAAAAAGAAGCGAAUAGCUGGCUUCAAGACAAAAAAGCAGAAACUUGAAGAGGAAAGAGACGCGAAGAGGAAAUUGAAGGAGAAAAAGAAGAAAGAACAGCCAAAUAAGAAGUUGACCAAAAGAAAGCAAAUAGAUGUUAGUGUUUCUGGCUCCGAGGGAGAAGAAGCAGUGGAGAUGAAAGAAGAAAAGGGCCCUAAACUGGAGCUGAAGAGCAAAUCACCCAGCCCUCAACCUACUAGACGUUCAACCCGGUACUCAAUGAGGAGUCGAGCAGCAAAGAAGAAUAUAAACUACAGAGAUCCAGUAUCUGACGCGGAAGAUACCGGGUCAGUCACCGCUUCAGAGUUCUCAACUACCACUACAUCUACUGUCGUGAAGCCUCCCCCAAAAAGCGUCAAACCUGUAUUUUCCCUAAAUUCAGAGCUACCAAGUGACACGUUUGAUCCUGUGGCAAUGCUGGCUGACUUGAACGAAUCUUUAGAUGAGGAUGAGUUGUUUAGGGAUGUAAACAAUAGAAUAGGGAAGACUAGUAACGAACAGUCUCAAAAACUUUGUAACAAAAUGGCCAAGGAUGAAGUUUUUAAUUGCUCAUCAAAAAAUUCUCAGACGUCCCACAACUCAAAAAAUAAACAACUUCAGCAGCAGAACCCACUCACAGACACCAGCGAAGAGAUCGCUAUGAUAUCUGCGGAGUACGACGAACUAAACAAACAAUCUCCAACCCAGAUAUCUGCAAUCCAAGAUGAGGAAGAUAUAACCUGUAUCCCUUCAACUGACAAAGUGGGAAUACCUCUUUCCUUCACAACAGACGUCUCUACCCUCACCAGUAUGAUUAGCAAGGAUCCGUCCCCCAUCAUCAAAACGAACUUUUUUAAACUUCCCACAGACCCGAUAAAAUCCAUCAAACUUAAUCUCAGUCCCGAAGUUCGAAUGAUUUCCCCGGCCGUUUCGGAAGAUAAUAACACAAUUGGUGAGGUGAGCCCUGGUGAGGUGAGCUCUGGUGAGAACUAUGCUGGUGAUGAUCCGGAUAGAUUUAGUUGGAAAGAUGAUGUUCUUGUUGAUGUUUUUGAAGAUCAAAUCUUGAAGGAAGCCCAGAAAAUGAAGAAAAACCAAAAGAAAUAUAAUUCAAGGAAGAUAAGCAAAUCAGGUAAAGAAAAGAAGACAGCUCAAUCAAAAGAAAACUUUGAACGUCUUGAGAAGCUACAAGAGUCAUUUGACCAAAUAAAUCAAUCAACAAUUUUUGAAGUUGCUGUCACCAAGGAUUCUGACUGUAAACUAAUGCUUGUCGAAGAGGAACCUUCUCGAAAGAAAGAAGAUAAAGUAUGGCUAGAAGGGUCUGAUUCUGGGUCAUCUUAUUCUGCUAAAGAUACUGGCAUGGAUGUUAUCAUCGGUAAACAGAUAACAACCAUUGCUCCGCUCCAAGUUACCAAUAAUGAUAUAUCUGUUCAGUUUAACGAAGUUUCCAAUUGCAUGGUGACUGAGGCUGACAGCUCUGGUCUCCUCAUGGAUAUAGAGGAAUUCAACACUCCGCCUGUAGAUACUGUGAGAGCAGAAGAGACAGAGAGUAUGUUUUCCAAAAUUCUGGAAGAAUCGAGACUGGCCGGGAGCAUGUUCAAGGCCAAUACGCCCUCUAAUCUUGUUAGUACACCUACCAAGUGCAAGUUAUCUCACAUCAGAGAAGCCGAAAUUGCGAAUGUGUCGCCGUUCCAACAAUUUUUGGAGAAGGUCGGUGGAGUGAAGAGUCCAAUAAAAGGGAACGACUACUUUUGGGACGGAAAGCAAGACAAACAACCAAAGAGUAGGAUGGUUUCCCGAAAUGACAGUGGUUUUGAAACUUUGGAACAAAUCUCAGCUAAUCUUUCUCUCCCAUCAUUCUCAGCAGCCGAGCAAAAGUUAUCAAAACGUCCCAGGCUCACUCCCAGCCAAUGUUUCAGUCAGUCAUUCUGCGGAUCUCCUCCCCAAACCAAACAAAAGAAAACACUGGCCUCUCAAAGUCCAGGAAAACAAGAACUCGAGGAGUACUACAACAUGCUUUGUAAGACUCCAGGUAGAGUGUCUCAACAAUCUAACGCUUGUUCAAGUCAGCCGCUUUUAGAUGAUCUCGCUUUAAAGUCACAAGAUUAUCAGAUAGCGGAAAUUAGAUUGUCACCCUUAGUAGAAGAUAGGAGUUCACCUAAACCAACAUCAGCUUGUAGUAAUGAAGAGGAUCAACUAGACGAAUUGAAUGAUCAGUUAUCUCAGAGCAGCAGUUUUGUUAUUCCUCCGUUCAUGUUAAAUACAGAAGGUGGGAUGGCGCUUAAAAUGCUUCAAAAUACCUCUAGACAAAUGAAAGAGAAACAAAGACACAAAAAUAAAGAUAACAUCGACCUGAUAACUAAAGAUGUUGCCACAACAGCUCAGUGGUUCUUCGACACUCACAAACGCAAACGGAAAUCAGUUUUAGUUGAGAUAACGGACAAAGUUGAAGCUGAAAUCAGUGGUAUCGAAUCUGAUCUCGUGGAUAUAAAGAAGAAAGAAGAGACAGCUCUGAGGAAUAUAGCCCUGGCUCAUAAAACCCAGCGGGAAGCUCGGAUAGUUUUAGAAAAUAAGAUGAAGUUGCUGAAGCAGAGAGCAAAUCUGAAGCUUCCAGUUGAUGAAAUGGAAGGUCUACAAGAGGUCAAGCAGGCUCUCUUCAAACAGCUCCAAGCAAGACAGGCUCAGAAUGAUAAAGAUCAGGUCCAGCAGCAGCGGAAACAGUUGCUGAAACAGGUCAGCCUCCUCGUGAUGUCGGAAUUUGAUUGAGUUAAUCAGUCGUAUUUGGUUUGGAGACUCGAGAUUGAGCUUAGUUUGAUGAGAAGCUAUCCAAUGAUAUGGGCGUAAAUGAGAGCAUUAUCACUGACUAAAAGAAUUCGUGCUGUCG